AUGCCAGGAAACCCCUUCGGCAGGUGCCAGCUCAGCUGGGAGCCGUGGCAGUGCCAGCCCUCCCGCUUCCCACCCAGCCCUGCCAACCAGGGCUUCCUUCCUCCCCUCUCCGCCCAGCCAGUCCUUUAUUCCCCCUGCCUCCAUCGCUGCACCCGGCGCGAUGCCCACCAGCCGCCCCCGUCCGGCCCCGCGCCCCCCCAGCCGCCCCCGUCCACGGCUCGGGCACCCCGGACGGAGUCUCACCCAGCACAGAGGGGAGCGGGGUGCCUGCACAGGGGCCCAGGCAGCAUCCCCCAGCGCCUGCAGCACCAAGGGUCUCUCCCCUUCCCCGGCUGGCAGAUACCGGGAUAUCCCACGCAGCAUCCAGCUCCCCAGACGCCAGCCCUUAUCCUGCGGCUCCACCGCAAGCAGCUCAGGACCGCGGUCUCACAGCCCGCCUCGCCAAGGUGCCAGGACCCUGGUAGAGAGCCCUGUGCCACGAGAAGCAUGGGCGCAGAGGACCAGGGGGGCACCUCUUUUGUGCGACCACCGAGCUGA